AUGGCAGCCUCUAGCAAAGCACCGCCAGGCCACUUUUCGAUAUUGUACUUUGCUGCCGCUUCGACCUUUACAGGCAAGUCGAGCGAGCACCUGCCUGCGCCUGUACGAGCUCGCGAGCUGUUCCAUGUGUUGGAGCAGAGAUAUCCAGACUUCACGGGAAAGGUGCUCGGCAGUUGUGCUGUGACUGUGAAUUUAGACUAUGUUGACAUGGGCGAGGACGAGGGCGACGAGGCAGGGGACAGGGACAAGAUGAUUGUCGAAGGGGACGAGGUGGCCAUCAUCCCACCAGUCAGUUCUGGCUAG